AUGCCGGGUCAUGAGACCGAAAGACGCACUGCCACAGCAAGAAAUGGCUGGAGCCUUUUCCUGAAUCUGGUGCAGUUGUGGACAAAGCGACUACGUCGGAGAUUCCGGGAGAUUACUCCGGACGCGAAUGGUCGAGCACGCAGUGGCGGUGAGAAGGACGCUAAGUCCCAAGUUGCAGCUAAUUCGACGGGACCCAGUCAGGUUUUCAAGUUUAACGAGGCCGAAAUCCUCGCAAGAGGUGACAACCACAUGAGCCGCGACCUGCUCGAGUGA